AUGGGUGCGGUGGAAGAGAUAACCCCGGCUUACCCGCAAGCAGGGUCCUUAGGCCCACCAAAUCCCCUGGCCUCGCCCCACAUGCCUGGCUCCGCGCUACAAGAUCUAGCAUUUCGCCAAUCGGAACACGGCCACUCUCCCAAUGACGGCACCAGACGUAUACGAGACUCGCGUUCGUGUUCACCCGUCCGGUCACCAACAACAUCCCAUCGUGGUCGAGAUCGUUCCCACUGCCCUCGGCGAUACCGCGAGCGCCAAUAUCCAAGUGAAGAGAAGGCACAUAAGCGCCGUGGCAAUUCCCGCAGCCCAGAAACAUCCUCAGAAUCUGAUCGAGUCCGAGGGGGCUCUCAACACCAACAUUUGCAAACCAGUGGGCACGUCAAACACGGUACACGGCCCAUCAUAAGCAACAACCAGGAUCCACCACGGUCCGGCCAGCCAAAAGACACCAUAAACCGCCAUGAUUAUGAAGACUCGAAGCAGGAACAGCAAGGAAACCCGGGCAGGUGGUGCCUCCGCUGCCACCAAACUGGUCACUGGAUGGCCGACUCCUGGAAGGAAAGCUCUGGGCAAAAGUACACGCUUCCGGAAGAGUGGUCCAAAUGGAGAGCUCGGUUCUCCGGCGAAGAUAUGUACCCCAUCCCAGAAACACCUACCAACAUGCUGGAUGAAUACCUUCAAAAACAUGCUCCGGACACUUAUGACCAGUGGCGCGUCUGUAUGGCAAAGUCAAACACUCUGAUGAAGAGCACCAUGCGCGAAGUGAAGAGGGUAACAAGAUUAUUCCAAAAGUACUCCAUCAGCUUACCGCUGUCCAUGGAAAUGGCGAAAGACCCGAGACACAAAAAUCAGAAAGAAUACUACAAUCAGCAUCAAACCUACUCUGUUGACUCGGUGGGCGAGUAUCUCUGGUCCAUCAAGGAUGAUCAAGACAAGAUCAAGGGGGAUGCUGAGAAAGUGGAUAAGUCAAUCCACUGUCUCGCGGAAUGCUACAGAAAGUAUGGGUCUCAGCACCAAGCAUGGUGUUCCGAGAUCGACCGACCCAUUUCCGACAGUCCUCAGUGUAGGGAAAUGCCCAAGGUCAGAGAAUGUUUUCUCAAUCUGGGCAGAUUGAUGUUCUCAGACCUGACCAGAGGUGAAAAAGUAUGGCCAUUCAACUUCAUAGAUUAUCAGGUGCCACUCUUGUACCCUGCAAUCUACUUUUUCGAACAUCCUGGAGCGGAUGAUUGA